AUGUUCCAGUCCUUCACGGGCAACUCUCGCCGUCCGCGGCAGGUGAAUCUCGGAGCCCGCAAUACGAACCCUUUCGCUGCAUUUCCUUCGGGCAGACAGAACCCUCACGGUGCCGGAACACAGAAUACCCUCGCGAUCGCACAGCAGGAGCGGGCACUGAGACAACAGGAGAGAGAACGAUUGGGGGCAAGCCGGAUCGUACAGCGCACAUGGCGGGGUUAUCGGAGCAGGAAGAUAACGCGCAACACAUGGCGGAGAGAGUGGGAUGCCGCUGAGCAGCAAAAGUCAGAUGUUCUUUUGUCAUUCCAGAAUCUGUCAGGGCAGCCAGACUUUGAUGAUGCUCAGCUUGCUCUCCGGUAUCGAUCGGCUCCAGAUUGCCUUUCACAGCUGAGGCUCUUGGUGCAGUUCUUGGAGCCGUGGAAUAGCAGUGAUAUUACUCGCCUUGUGUACUUUUCGAGCGCUUUCCAGAAGACCCUGUGGGAGAUUCCAUCGAUUGCAACUGAACGAGAAUGGACGACAUUACUGAGGCGUCUUGCGAAGCUCACCCUCCGCGUGCUACAAUCGGCAACAUCUCCGACAGUGCCGGGAUUCGCAGUCAGCCAUCUCCUGCAGUUGCUGGCAUUCCUGACAGGCCUAAUCCCCAAGCCCAUGGCGCGACUGGCUAGAGACUAUUAUGCUGUGAUGGCUAUUUUGACGAAAAACAUAGACCUCCUUUCUCACACAGCGCAUUUAUCGAAAGAUCACCUUGUCCAGAGUGUCCUCGCCUUGCUUCGACCGAUCACCUCUGAGACUCUAACUGCCUAUGAGUGGUUUGCCAGGAGCUAUCUUAUUAUCCCGGAUCUUCCGGCAUACCUAGGGACGCUUGAUGAGCUAGCGAACAACAUCAACUAUAAGCUGCUAACGUCGGCUAUGGGAUCCCAGAACACACAAUUUGCAGAUGCACUCUUAAAAUCUGAAGAUGUCGAGGCACGACUGUGGCUGCUUGCUUAUUUUAUCUUCUUUCAUCGGUAUGCUCUGGGGAGCCAGGCUAGCCGUCAAGCACCAGAACCUGGGUUCGUGAAAACCGUGUCGGAGCUGCUGAAUUCCACCGCUGUGCAUGUUUCGCGGCGAUUGGAAAUGGAAGAAAGUGGUGAUUAUGAUGAGUCCCCUGAAAGAUAUCCACUGCAACCAUUUAUCAAAGAACAAUUAUUCAGCUUGAUCAACCAGAGCAACAUCACGGGACUUUUAUCACAACUCCAAUCCGACCAUCUAUCCCAGGGAGAGUUUGCAAAUUUCCAAUCGGAUGCAUCCCAAGAAGCCAAAAUCCUUGCUACAUACGCCCUGACGCUUCUGAGAGUGUUCCCUCGCCGGGGAGAUGAUAUUCGUAUGUGGCUAUACUUGGGAUCGGCCGCUACAGGUGAUCAAUUGGCAGGCCAGCCCGGCUCUAGAAUACCAGCGAUCAAAUACUUCUGGCAGGCCUCCAGGUCUAGCCGGAUAUUCGCGACAAUCAGCCAUGAUUCAACCAAGGUUCUUUCUUUGCUGAAUCCAGCAGAAGACGUGAAGGAUCCCAAGCUUUCCGACAUAACGCCAAGUGAGAGAGAUGGAGAAUGGACGAUAGUCCUCCUGUUUCUAGAACUGUACACCUUCGUUUUGAAAGUUAUGGAUGAUGAAGAGUUCUUUUCGAGUGGGUCGUCGUUUACUGCCUCUGCGAAUACGAGGGUCUCGUGGACCAAAGAGAGCGCGUUGCCAUUAAAAGAGGUCCAGGAUAUGACAAUAUUUCUCAAGAACCUGGCUUUUACCUUGUAUUGGAACUCGGCUGAUCUUAGUGAGAACGAAACUACGCAGGAUACUGGGGGGAUUCGAAGUUAUUUCAGCUCUCUGGUCCCAGCUUCAGACUCCAUCAGCAGCGUUAAAGACCUUGAGAUGAAGAACAAGGAAAAGGGACUACCCGGAGUCACUGGAAUUCCACUGGACUACUUCAAGGGAUUGGUGACAGGUCUGCUACGAAUGAUUCACGAACGCGAUUCGAGACGGAAGUUUCUUCCAGAUGGGCAUUGGUUGAUGACUAGUCGAUUCGACAUGGAGGGUUUCAUACCUGCUGUCGUUGCAGAAGAGGAAAACAGACACCAGCUCCAGGAUGACGAGGAUGAUGAAGAGGAAAAUGACCUGAUGAACGAUAAUUUCUACGAGCCAUCCUUGGGUCUAAUCGGUACAGGCCGUGCUCAGCAAACACGUCGCAUUGAGGCACUCAGACGGCGUCAGCAGCAAGCCGCUCGAAGGAAGCAGCUUGAGGCCGUGGCACCUAGACUUGAGAUACUGAGGAACAUGCCCUUCUUCAUCCCCUUUCCAACAAGAGUCCAGAUAUUCCGCGAGUUCAUCUUCCGGGAUCAGCUACGCAGAAGACAAGGUUUCAUCGACCCCGACGCGUGGCGUAUGUCGGUCGCUCAGGCUUCGAUGGGCCGCAUGAUCGAUGGGCGCCCUGCAGUGCAAGACAUCCUCGGUCGGCACCACGCGAACAUCAAGCGUGAGAGUGUUUUUGAAGAUGCCUUUGAGCAAUUCUACGAAUUGGGCGAAGGCCUCAAGGAGCCAAUCCAAAUCAGCUUCAUUGAUAAAUUCAACACAGUGGAAGCGGGAAUUGACGGUGGUGGUGUGACCAAAGAGUUCUUGACAAGCGUCACGAAUGAGGCUUUCAAAUCCACGAGUGAGCUUCACCUAUUCGAAGAAAACGAUCAACACUUGCUCUACCCAAACCCAGCUGCUGUCGAGCAGCGCAAAGAGCUUCUUCGACAGGUGGGCUUUGUUGAACGAAGCGCAGAAUGGAAUGAGCAGGUUCGCGAUCUACUCCGACGAUUCGAAUUUUUGGGGCGAGUAAUUGGCAAGUGUCUUUACGAAGGAAUUCUGGUGGAUGUCAAUUUUGCGCCCUUUUUCUUGCUCAAAUGGGCCUUGACGGGUGGCACGGGUUCCGCGCAGAAAGAGACAGCAUACCGUGCUAAUCUCAACGACCUGAAAGACCUUGACCAAGGCCUCUAUCAGGGAUUGCUACAACUGAAGAACUACCCGGGAGACGUGGAAGACUUUGCGUUGAACUUCACCGUCACCGACACGAUACCGCUAUCGAAUUCCCCUAGUCGCACGAUCACUCGGGAUCUGAAAGGCAAUGGGUCCGAUAUACCUGUUACGAAUCAAAACCGAUUGGUGUACAUUUCCUACAUCGCCCGCUACCGACUCCAGGUGCAGCCGGCCUUGCAGACCAAUGCCUUCCUGCAGGGCCUAGGACAGAUCAUCCAACCUUCGUGGCUCUCGAUGUUCAACCAAUCAGAAAUGCAGACUCUGGUGAGCGGUGAGUCGGGCGAUAUCGACGUCUCGGAUCUGCGACGGAACACGCUGUAUGGCGGAGUGUACACGAUUGGCGACGACAAGGAAGAGCACUCAACGGUCAAACUGUUCUGGGAGGUGAUGGAGAAGAUGACCAACGAAGAAAGGCAAAAGGUGCUGCGGUUUGUGACAUCCACUCCUCGAGCCCCAUUGUUGGGAUUCAGCCACUUGAACCCCCGAUUCAGCAUCCGCGACUCGAGUGAGGACCAGGAACGGCUUCCGAGUACGAGUACAUGCGUGAAUCUGUUGAAGCUGCCGCGAUACUCCAAUGCAACCGUACUCCGGGAGAAGCUCCUCUACGCGGUCAAUUCUGGGGCAGGAUUUGAUCUGAGCUAA